UUCCCCAACCUUGUGCUCAACACCUAGGCCCCGUGUUUCAGCUUUGCCUCCUUUCCAUGGGCAACAGCCUGGCCAGAACCCUGUUGCCUGGCAACCUUGCCUCCACAGGUGGGACUCCAGUGGUCCACCAAGUAGUCCUCAGCAGACUGAUGGAACAGACUGGGGGUCCUAAGGGCACGAGAGACCCUACUAGGAAGUGCACUCUCCACCCCCAUGGAUGUGGCGGUGCCCAGGGGUGGGGUGAUAAUUGUUUCUCCUAGUACCUGAAGGACUCUUGUCCGAGAGUCAUGAAUUCCUAGCAUUCCCUGUGCCAGGACAGGACGGGGAGAUGGGGGCAGGGGAGAGGGUACAGCCCCACCUAGGGCUGUGGCCACAUCAGUGAGAGGCAGACAGAGCCAGGAGCCUGGACAGGAGGCAGGAUGGCAGCAAGGGGAACAGCUGGAGCCUGGGUGCUGGUCCUAAGUCUGUGGGGGACAGUGGUAGGUGGUCAAAAUCUCACAGUCCGGAUUGGGAAGCCACUGGUGCUGAACUGUAAGGGUGCUCCCAGGAAACCGCCCCAGCAGCUGGAAUGGAAACUGAACACAGGCCGGACAGAAGCUUGGAAGGUCCUGUCUCCCCGGGGAGAACCCUGGGAUAGCGUGGCUCAAGUCCUCCCCAAUGGCUCCCUCCUCCUGCCAGCCAUCGGGAUCCAGGAUGAGGGGACUUUCCAGUGCCGGGCAAUGACCCGGAAAGGAAAGGAGACUAAGUCCAACUACCAAGUCCGAGUCUACCAGAUUCCUGGGAAGCCACAAAUUGUUGAUCCUGCCUCUGAACUCAAGGCUGGUGUCCCCAGUAAGGUGGGGACAUGUGUGUCCGAGGGGGGCUACCCUGCAGGGACUCUUAGCUGGCACUUGGAUGGUAAACCUCUGAUACCUGAUGGCAAAGGGGUUUCUGUGAAGGAAGAGACCAGGAGACACCCUGAGACAGGACUUUUCACACUCCAGUCAGAGCUGAUGGUGACCCCAGCCCGGGGAGGAGCGUCCCACCCUACCUUCUCCUGCAGCUUCAGCCCUGGCCUUCCCCGACAACGAGCCCUGCACACAGCCCCCAUCCAGCUCAGUGUCUGGGGCGAGCACAGAGCCCCAGAGCCUGUGCCUCUGGACCAAGUCCAGUUGGUAGUGGAGCCAGAAGGUGGAGCAGUAGCUCUUGGUGGUACUGUGACCCUGACCUGUGAAGCUCCCACCCAGCCCCCUCCACAAAUCCACUGGAUCAAGGAUGGCACACCCCUUCCCCACCCUCCCAGCCCAGUGCUGCUCAUCCCUGAGGUAAGGCCUCAGGAUCAAGGAACCUAUAGCUGUGUGGCCACCCACCCCAGCCAGAGGCCCCAGGAAAGCCGUGCCGUCAGCAUCAGCAUCAUCGAAACAGGCAAGGAGGGACCAACUGCAGGCUCUGUGGGAGGGCCUGGGCUGGGAACUCUAGCCCUGGCCCUGGGGAUCCUCGGAGGCCUUGGGGCAGCAGCCCUGUUCAUUGGGGCCAUCCUGUGGCAAAGGCGGCAACGCCGAGGAGAGGAGAGGAAGGCCCCAGAAAACCAGGAGGAGGAGGAGGAAGAGCGUGCAGAGCUCAAUCAGUCAGAGGAGCCUGAGGCAGCAGAAAGCGGUGUCAGAGGGCCUUGAGGAGCCCACAGACACCUCUACCCUUAAGCUCCCUCUUCUUUUCCCCACACUGUUUUGGACCCAGACCAGUUGUCCCCUGUAUAACCUCUACCCACCUUGCCAAACUUUCUUCCACAACCAAAGCUUCCAAUGAAUAGUGACGAGUAAACUCCUGACAUAUCUUGC